CAUCUUCGCGGUAGUGCAUUGCCUACGACCCGGUCGAACAAUAUUUCCUUUGCUCCGGCUGCUCAGACAACCAGAGACAGCCCUAUACAACGUCGAUCAUGGCGGGCAACGCGGCUCGCAAAGCGCCCCCACCGGCUCCCAGCUCGAAGCUGGUCGAUGUCAACCUCGUGAAGAAAGCCCUCGACGUCGCGGACGGCGGAAAGAAAAUAAUCCUCAAGGUCAAGAAGCCCGCACCCAAGUCCUCGAUUCCAGGCAACUGGAAGGAGAGUGAGCUUCUCAAUGAGGAUAAAGUCUCUUCUGCAACUCCGAAGGCCGCAACUGAGUCUGUCAACCCAGCCGACGAGACAAUGCUCGCAGGUCUCCCUACUGGCCGCCCCCUCGAGGACAAACCCGAUACUCUGCAGUGCAAGUACUGUCGCCGCCCUAUACUCCGAUCUGCUUCAGCCCAGCAUAUCCGCGAGUGCCUGAAUAAGAAGCAGGAGAAACUCAAGAAGAAGAAGGAGGCCAAGGAGGCCAAAGAUGCCGCGCUUCGCAAGGAGAAAGGAGAAGAUGACGAUUGCGCUCCCCGAAAGUCUGCUGGUAAGGGUGCUAUCGUGGGCGAAGGAGCGAAGAAAGGCAAGAAAAGGAAGAUAGAUGCUGAUGCGGAAAAGGCGCCAAAUGCGAAGAAGAAGAAGAAGGACGAGCCGAAGUCUAAAGCGGCGAAGCCUAAGGGACCUGUGGAUGUGGAGAAGCAGUGUGGUGUGGCUCUUCCAAACGGAGGUUUUUGUGCCAGAAGCCUUACCUGCAAAAGUCACAGUAUGGGUUUGAAGCGGGCUGUUCCGGGAAGGAGCCUGCCUUAUGAUAUGCUUUUGGCACAGUAUCAGAAGAAGAACCAGGCCAAGCAACAACGUGCUGCAAUUGAUGCCAACGCUCCAUUGCCUGAGGACCUUGAGCCCUCUGGUGCUGUAGAUUCAGAGGAGGAGAAAGAGUCCAUCAUGGCGGCCCUUAUACGGCACCGACCUCGACCUUUAGCAACGAGCCAUCCGGUGCUCCAGAAACACAAAUACCAAUACAUCCGUAUGAAAGACAUGCUUCGAUCUGCGCUUGGCGGCCCACAUGGUGGUUCCAUCUUUGGGACCAUGACACCCAGUACGGAAAACGUUGGAAGUAGAGGCUUGGCACUGAAUAUGCUGGGUGCUCCCAGCAGUGCCACUAAUGAAACAUUUCCUAGCAGUGCAGGGGGUCUAGGAGGAGGCUUUGCACAACCUCUAAGCGCAGGCGUGGACGGAUCGAGUGGCAUGAACCCGGGCAACAAACGACAAAGCUCGAUUAGUAUGGCGGGUCCAUCGAGCAAUGGUCCACGACAUAUCCUUCCCGGUCAACUUCCAGGCCCUUCGCCUGCGGCACGCAAGAGCAGUGUUGCUAGCGUGGCUAGCGUUGGCCCCAGCUAGGCGUGGCUCCUUUCAUCUUGUUUUAUGGUUAUGAUAUGUGGUCACUCGAAUAGGGCCUCUUCUCGGCAUUUCACGGCGUUGGAGGUAAUCACCUAUCAGCUUGGGCUACAGGAUCGUUCGUCCUUGACCUUGGGAUUGAGGGUCAAUGGAAUGGCGUUCGGGCUUUGCAUUGGGUGGCGGCGUCCCCCGACAUACAGAGUGGAUGGAUUUGUGGCUCUACUGGAUCUACCUAGAUACCCCUAUGAUCGAUGUUUGGGACGUACUACCGAAAUGAGAUAUUAUGUGAUCCUUUG